CGACCAUCAGCUUGUAAACAACUGUGCAAGAAGGUCUGACAGCUAAAAAACAGCAACUUUCUCCGCGUCGACGGUGUAAACGGCAAGCUUCACCGAGUUACCGCACACCUGUCCCGCAGACAGGCCGUCUCAAUGCCUCACAGAGGACCGAAAACACCGAGGGGAUCAUGGAUGUGUACGAUUUGUUUAGCAGCUGCAGAAAGGGCGACAUUUGUAGAGUCAGAUACCUUGUUGAACAAAGAGACGUUGACCUCAAUGUAAGAGAUAAAUGGGAUAGCACCCCUCUGUAUUAUGCUUGUCUCUGUGGUCAUGAGGAGCUGGUCCAGUACCUGUUGGCUAGUGGUGCCAAGUGUGAAGCCAACACGUUUGAUGGCGAGCGUUGUGUGUACGGCUCGCUGAGUGACUCAGUUCGACGCCUGCUCAAAGAUUAUAAGUGUGUCAGUGUCCGCGCCAUGCAGCGAGAUGAUUUUAACUACUUUCUGCACAUGUUACUGGAGCAGGGUCAACACAACGACGUCAAGUUUCUGGUUCAUGGGCAAACAUUUUCAGCCCACCGCUGUGUUCUCAGUGCACACUCCGAGUACUUCACUGAAAUGUUUGAGUCCAAGUGGAAAGGGAAGAAUCUGAUCACCCUCAAACACCCUUUGAUCAACCCUGCAGCCUUUGGAGCCAUCCUGCAAUAUAUUUACACAGGACGUAUGGAUAUUGAUGUAAGCCUUGUUGAGGAGUGCAGACGUCUUGCUAAACAGUGCAAAAUGUCAGAACUCAUAGAGGAGCUGGAGAAUAAAUGCAAACAAGUGUAUGAAUUUGUGUCCAACAAGCCGGGAAUCUGUGUGAAAGUUCUCAGCCUGGAGCCUCACAGCUGUCGACUGCAGGAGGAGAUGGCUCAGUUAGCAGACUGCGCCCUGCCCACUGAACUAAGAGUUGGAUUUGGAGAACUUCCCUUUAACAGAGUUGACCACUUACCUACUUAUCCUGACGUCUGCUUCAGAGUCGAUGGUUACGAUUUCUUGUGUCAUAAGGCGUUUUUCUGUGGGCGCAGUGAUUACUUUAAAGCCUUACUGGAGGACCACUUCAGUGAGGGAGAGCAGCUACAGUCACAGCCCAGCACCCCAGUGAUCACUCUGCACAACAUCUCCCAUGAAAUCUUCAUCCUCCUCAUGUAUUACAUCUACAGUGAUGACACAGAGCUAACGAUGGAGAACGUGUUUGAUGUCCUGUGCGUGGCUGACAUGUACCUGCUGCCGGGGCUGAAGCGUCUGUGUGGGAAGACGCUCGGUAAGGCUAUAUGUGAGGACAACGUUCUGCACAUGUGGAAGACAGCCAAGCUUUUCCGUCUCUCUCGGCUGGAAGAUCAAUGCACAGAGUUCAUGGCCAAGAUCAUCGAGCGGAUGGUGGAGCAGCCCGAGUUUGCGGAGAUCAUCAAAGAAGACGCCUCGUCACUGGAGGACAGACAUGAGACUGACUCUGUCCCCCUGGUGGACGACAUCCGCUACCACAUUGCAAGCAACGUCCAGACUUACAGCGCCAUCGAGGAGGCUAAUCAGAAGCUGGCUGCCUUGGAGGAGCUGCUGUCAAGCAUUAAUAUUGACUGCUAAGAUUGUGGAGUUUGAGGACUGUAGUGAGAAGAAAAAAAGCAAGUAAGAGUUGAAAAAGAAAAAAAGACUAUGCUUCUGUAUGUUUGAAGGUUUAUUUUAUUUACAGUAUAUUGUACAGAAUAUAUAUUUUGAGAAGGAGUUGGUUCUGAGUUUGCGGGGCAUAUUCAGAGACAUCUGUUUAUGUUGGCUGUUUAAAGUGUCUUUGUGUGACAGACUGAAUCGCUAAACAAGAUCUUGGGUAUCAAACGACUCGUGAAUCAGUCGUUAAGUUUCUGCAAGAUGGUGCAGAUGAUUAAGGAAAUUGUUGAUUAUAUAUUUUCAACAGACUAUGCUUGUAUCGCACAUGCAUGGAUUUAUUUUUUCAUUAUUUGUAGCUACUAGAAUGUACACUAGCUACAUAUUGAGCUCUUUUAAGAUGUGACUUGGCCCCAGAUUUUUAUGAGCAUCAGCCCUCAUAUCCAGCUCCAUGAUUUUUUAUUUUUUAUGCUAAAUGAAAGGCAAAUGAGCACUUGUUAUGUACUGACUUGCGCUGGAUAACUAAAGGAGUAAAGACAAUUAUGUUCACUUCAUCCAGAAAAUGUUUUUAACUGAUAACUCUUCAUCGAGGCCACAUGGAAUAUCAUUUUACCAUGAAUUGCCUGCAGCUUUGAUUGGAUUGGAUUCAGCGGCUGUAGUUUACCAUACUGUUAGACCUGUGACAUUCCUCCAGCGUGAUCACUUGCACUUUGUUUAAUCCUAAAAUUAGUCUUCUGUUUCCUGCUGCACUUUAUGACAGCAAAACUCUUUUGACCCAUGUGUUCACAAGAAGAUGAAGCUGUUACUAAACUAUUUGCAUGUUAAAUCCUCCAUCAACACAGGAAAAUAUGGUGAUGUCAUCUUUUUCUCACCCUGCUGCUGUUAU